CCCUCUCACUCCCCAAAAGCUUUCUCUCUCUCUUUGCCAAAACCCCAAUUCAUGGCGAAUCUUCUACAACUCACUGUCCUCACCUUCCUCUUCAUCUCAACCGCCUCAGCCAUUGACGAAACUUCAGCUUCAUCUCCAGUUUCAUCAUCGCUUCCGCCACCAACAUCUCCCUUUCCACGGGACAAAGACCACCCCUUCUCUCCUACAUCUCUCUUCAGUCCCAUCUUGAUCAACCUUGGCUUCCAUGAUCUUGCCAUGGCCAUUCAUUCUGUUACCGACUCCACCUUCACCGCCUGGAGCGGACCUACCACCAUCUUCGCUCCAACCGAUGCUUCCAUCCGCUCAUGUAUGUCCUGCUCAGUACCUCGCCUCCUCAAAGAACACAUUAUUGCAGGCGCUUUCUCUUUCCACUAUCUGCGCACGUUAGCGUUCGGGACCAAGAUAGAGACCAUGGUCCCCGGUCGAUGCGUCACCGUCACCUCCGCUGGCAAUAACUCUAGGAUCUUCAUUGGAGGCGUUGAAAUCACUCAUCCGGACCUCUUCAACAAUGGCCUCAUCAUCGUUCAUGGCCUUGACGGCUUUGUCACUCAUCUUUCGCCUUAUUCUUGCAACAUCGAGAGAAUGACAUCUCUGUUACUUCCUCCUCAACCGUCUGAACGUCCGCAGUCAAUUUCUUCGUUUUCUAUCACCCGCCUGAUGCUAAGAGACGCCAUGCUUCGCUUGCGUAUCAGCGGGUACGGUAUACUCUCUCUCGCACUAGGUGUCAAGUACGCCGAGCUGGUCGCCCUCCAGAACAUGACGGUGUUUGCCCUGGAUGACGCGUCUAUCUUCUCUGGAGGACACGAGUACAUCCACAAUGUGAGGUUCCAUAUCGUGCCGAACAGGAUGUUGAUGGCCGCGGAUCUGGCGAAGCUGCCGGUGGCGACAGUGUUGCCGACUCUGUCCCAAGGUCAGAAGCUGAUGGUGACUACUGCAGGGGGAGGGCCGACACCAAUGAUGAUCAAUUAUGUCCGCAUCAAAGCUACGGAUGUGAUAGACAAUCCCAGAGUCGCGAUUCAUGCGUUGUACUCGCCGUUCCCGCACCUUCAACGGGAGGUGACCGCCGGCGAAAACAUCGGACGAUCAGGAUUCGUUGCGUCGGGAUCCCAGGCUAUGAGGAACGAGCCGUGUACAAAGAUGGACGGGAAUGAUUGUGCAGCUGCACCUGCACCUGCGGCGGUGAUUAGACCGCCGUUUGAGAUGGAAGAUAAGGAUGGUCUGUGAAUCUGAUUUGUAGUCCGAUUAAUUACUCUGUUUUGAGAUAGACCGUAACAAAAAACCUUAUGAUCAUAGAGGACAUUUCUGUUGUGGGCAGUACUAUAGUGGAAUUAGGUCAUUAUGCUCUAGUGCAUAUUCAAAAAGAGAAUGUAACCAGUCGGUCGUUCCCAGUGGUGUGUCAACUGUAGUCCAUCUUUUGGAUCAAUUUCGUUUUUCCAAGUUGCUGUUAUCCUUCGUCUUCAUGAAGCGAAGAAACUUUGGGUAUAAUUCAUUCCUGUGAUUUUCCAUUUCA